AUGAGUGCGGAAGAAAGAGCAAAGAUCCUUCAGGGUUUUGAAGAGGCCAGCGACUCCUGUUCGCCGUCUACCACAUGUUGUACCAAUCAUGAAAAUGAAAUUGCAUUAGCAAAAGACGCAGCAGAUCUAAGAUCAAAAGAAAAAGAAACUAAAAAAGAUGUGAACCUGAAUAGGGAACGGGUUAGAAAGAUCCCAGAUAAAAAGAUUACGGCGCACUCAAAAGAGGAAAGCGCAGUAACUAAAAAAGAAUUUGUGAAGGAAGUGACUCAAUCAGGCAGCACUUCAUUGGAAACAACAGAACCACAGAAAGCAGUGACUCAAUUGGGAAGCACUGAUGUAACUGAUGGUUCGACCAGUUCCAAAGAGGUCAGGAACACCUCUAAUAAAAACCUAGACCACAAAGAAAGAAAGAAACUGACAGCGGCAUGGACACCACUUUGGGUUGCUGAAAGAUUACGAGACCAAAAGGAAGACAGAUCCAUUGGUAUUCUCAACAUCUGGACGCACCAAAAGAGAAGCAGAGAAGUCACAAUAGAGACGAUACAAGAGUUAAAUGCAUUAACGCUACACGAUGCUGAACUCGCUCUAUUAGAGUUACACACCCCAAAGAAAUAUAUUAGGGGAACGCAAGGAAAUCAGAUGAACAUUACUUGCAAACUCACAACUCUUGACACAAACCGAUCAACGACGAUCGAAGCUCUCUUAGAUAGUGGAUGCACAGGGAGCUGUAUAGAUUCAAUGUUCGUGAAAGAACAAGGUUACGAGACAAAGAAAAUACCGAGACCCAUUCCAGUUUAUAACGCUGAUGGCACACUUAACAAAGAUGGUGCUAUCAAAGAAUUUAUAGAAUUACGAUUGAGCAUAGAAGACCACGAAGAGAACAUUCACUUUGCC